AUGUCCGCCGAAGACGCCUCGCCCGCCGUUGACUCCGGCAUUGACAAUCUCGCCGAUAAGAUAGGCGGCCUCAACACCGACGACCACCCGCGCACCGAGGAGGAAUAUGCUCAGGCACAGCUCACUCUGCGUGCCAUUGUCACCUCCAAGGAAGCUGGUGUCAUCAUUGGCAAGGCCGGUCAAAAUGUCGCAGACCUGCGAGACAAGACAGGUGUACGCGCCGGCGUGAGCAAGGUCGUCCCAGGCGUGCACGACCGCGUCUUGACCGUCACUGGUGCUCUCACGGGCAUCGCCGACGCGUAUGGUCUCGUCGCCGACAGUCUUGUCAAGGGAGCGCCUCAGAUGGGUAUGGGAGGCAUAGUGGGCACACCCAACACCCACCGUACGCACCUUCCCGCUCCAAUCGUCCAUCUCACCCGUAGCUAACCAUGUAUGCAGCCAUCCGUCUCCUGAUCUCGCACAACCAGAUGGGAACUAUCAUUGGUCGGCAGGGUCUCAAGAUCAAGCAGAUUCAGGAUGCUUCGGGAGUCCGCAUGGUCGCUCAGAAAGAGAUGCUGCCUCAAUCGACCGAACGCAUUGUAGAGGUACAAGGCACACCCGACGGUAUUCAAAAGGCUGUGUGGGAGAUCGGCAAGUGCUUGAUCGACGACGAGCAGCGCGGAUAUGGUACUGUACUCUACAGCCCGGCAGUACGCGUUCAGGGAGGCGGUCCACCACUCAAUGGCGCCGCAGGAGGAGGCUACAACGCACCUCGGGGCUACAAUCGCACUGGAAACGGUGCAGACUUCACAGGCGGCGCCCCCUCCUCGUCCUUUUCUCCUCGCCGCAACGACUCAGUCGACGGCAGUUCCCUUCCCGAGGGCGAAGACAUCCAAACCCAGAAUAUCAGCAUACCAGCUGACAUGGUUGGCUGCAUUAUUGGUCGUGGAGGCAGCAAAAUCAGUGAGAUUCGCAAGAGCUCGGGUGCACGCAUCUCCAUCGCCAAGGCACCGCAUGACGAGACGGGCGAGCGCAUGUUCACCAUCACUGGAGGUCCCGCUGCCAACGAGAAGGCGCUCUACCUGUUGUACGAGAAUUUGGAGGCGGAGAAGAUGCGUCGCAGCCAGAUUCCGGAGGCCACGGCUUAG